AUGUAUAGUAAUAAUGACUAGUAUAAAAAACCCUAAACAGCAAAGAGUAAUAACUCUAGAAGAACCUUGCUAAGCAGGUAAUUAAAGCAAGGUGAAGAUCAAGCUACAAAUAAAAAUCAAAGUCAUUACAAUUUGAUAAAGAAUUUGGAGGAAAAGGACAUUAGAAACCUAUCAAAAGUCAUUGAAAACAGUAUAGUCAGUUAGAUGAGAAGAGGAGGUGGGCAUGUUGCUCGCAACAGACAUUAAUCAUUCAAGGGAUAAGAGGAUAUUCCUGGCUAGCAAGAAUAUGAUAGAAAUCAAGACUCUAAAAACAAAAAUCAUGCCUCUGAACAUUAUGUGAAUCAUAUUAGAUAUGGAAUAACUUCAAUUGAUACCAACAUUGAACUGAAAAAAUUUAUAGUAAAGUAAACAGAAAAAAAGUAAAACUGCAAGAAUAGACUUUAAAAUGAUAUUAGGAUCUUCAUGGAUGACUUAAUAAAAAUUAAGGAAAGCAAGUAGCCCUCAUCAACUUCAGGAUUAGUCAAGCAAAAGACACAAACCAAAUUCCAAAGAAAGCAGGAUGAAAAUUAAGAUGUAAACAAUCUACCUGGUUUCAACUCCACUAAAAAUUAAAGAUUGAAAUCAGCAACUAACUACAGUAGCAGAGACCGAGGAUUAGCAAUGAGAAGACAUCAGUUGAAUUUACUCAACAAAGCUAAUACAACAAAUUAUGAAAUAACUAAUUCUUAGCCUAUCAUUUCAAGAUAAGGAGCAAUCACAAGCUAUGGAUCUGAUAUCUAAUCACCUCAUGAUUUGGAAAAUGCAGGAUAUAGAUAUAGAAAUACUAAGUUAAGUUAGAGUAUAAAUGAUCAAAUUUCUUAAGGAUCGAUCCCUAAUAAUGUAGCACUUAAUAUAACAACCACAGCUAAUAUGUUUGAUAAUAAGGGAUUCAGAAAUAUAUACAAGGGUAAAAAGACUCCAGUGGAUAAAAGUAUGUAGCUGAGAAAUAUAAUUGAUUAAUGUGACAAUUUUAAAAAGAAAAACGAUAACUUAGUAUUCAAAGUCUCAAAGUAAAAAUAAAGAUUUUUGAGAAUGAAAGGCAUGAUCCAAAGAAAUAUAGAUAGAAAUAUGGGUGAUAGGCCAAAUAUUGCUGAUGAUAUGGAGUUAAUGCAAAUUCUUUCAAACUAUCAUAUGUGA